AAAUGAAUCAACUGAAAAAACAUAUCUCUGUUAAAUGUAUCAAUUUUAACACAUAAUCAACUAAUACACGAACUAGAAGUAUUUCGAAUCAAGUAUCAAAGAAUUCAACAGAUCGGUCUAGAUCAAUUAGUAAACAAUGUCCAGCAAUUAAGUAAUGAUAUUUUAUUAAUAUUAUAGAUUACCUAUACCUGUAAAGAAAUCUGAAACUACAUCAAUGUCAAACUCAAAAUAAAUAUCUAAAUUAGGAAAAGUUAAAAUUGAUCUAGGAAAUAACGCUACAUCACGCAGUUAAUAAACUACUAAAAUAUCAAGAUCAAAUAGUUAAUUAAGUAAAGAAGAAUCAUUUCCUAAAAUGCUUCCUGAUUUUGGAAGAAUGGAAACUGAAUUACUUGAUUGUUAGGAUUUCUUUCUUUAAUUACCUGAAAUUCAUUUUCCUACAAAUGAAGAUAUAAUAAAAGAGAGACUUAUUUUAGCAAAUAGAAUAGCUUGUACAAUUAAGACAAAGAAACGAAUCCCUCCUUCAACUCCUGAUUUUUAUAAGGUACUGAAUCACUAACCCUAGUAAGGUAGUCCUGUUAUGUAAUAGGCAAAGGAGCAUUUGCUAAAGUUUGUUUAGGUAUUCAAAUAUUAACUGGAGCUAAAGUAGCAAUGAAAAUAAUUGAAAAAUCAACUUUGAAAAGUGAAAGUGCUAAAAAAAGAUUGUUAUUAGUAAUUAUUUAAUUCUAUAUAUAGGAAAUUACAAUUAUGAAAAUUCUGUCUUAAUACAAAUAAUUUGCAUAAUUAUAUGAAGUAUUUGAAACAAAACAAUAAAUCUAUAUAAUUAUGGAAUAUGUAGAAGGUGGAGACUUAAUGAAAUGGACCAAAGAAAAACCUAUUCCAGAAAUCUAAGCUAAAAAUAUAUUCACUUAAUUGAUAUUGGCUAUCUAAAUACUCUAAAGUCAUAAUAUCUUACACAGAGAUAUCAAAUUAGAUAAUAUCUUACUAUAAGGAGAUUCAAUCAAGAUAUGUGAUUUUGGGGUUAGUAGAUAGAUAAUUAAAGGUUAAAAAAUAUUAGAAUAAUGUGGUACUCCUGCUUAUUUGGCACCUGAAAUACUUUUUAGUAAAGUAGGAUAUGAAGGAUUUGCUAGUGAUAUAUGGAGUGCUGGAGUUCUACUAUAUAUAUUAUUAGUUGGUAAAGUGCCUUUUAAAGGAAAUAAUAUGAAUGAAUUAAAUCAUAACAUUUAAAAUGGACAAUUAAAUUUUAUUGAAAUGAAAAAAUAAAACUUAUCAAAUGAUUCAGUUGGUAUAUAUUACUAUUCAUAUUAGAUCUAAUUAAAUCAAUGUUGAAUGUUAAUCCAAAACAAAGAAUAACCCUAAAUGAAAUUUUUAAUCACUAAUGGCUCAAAGAGUUAAAUGUUAAAUAAUAAAAAUAAACCCCAAAAACUCUGAAUUUAGACUUAAGAGUAAUUUCAUAGAUUGAAUAAUUUGGUUAUCAAAGAGAGUUUAUUAUAAAAAGCUUGUAAAAGUAAACUUUAUGUCACAUUAAUGCCCUAUAUUCAAUAUUAACAAAAGUUUAAAAAUGA